AUUUUUUUUUAUCGUCCUUUGCAUUUGCAACCCAUUAUCAAACUCCACCUGGAAAUGUUUCUUUAAUUGGCUUCUUCAUGGUACUUUGGAGAAAAAAAGGUUUUGAGGUUUGUGUAUAAAACACUUGAGAUCUUGAGAUAUGUCAUAUUGAAAACUCUUUAGGUUUGGCUUCUGUUCCUGACACACUUGUAUAGUGAAGUGGGCUUGUGUUAUAUUUGAUGCAAUCUCUCUCUCUCUUUAUUCAAAAGUCAAUUAGAGAUCUUGAUGCUACUUCUGUCCCUUUCCAAGUGAUUUUACAUCGACCAACUAGCUUUCUUCAUGAGUGUAUAUAUUCAUGUACCUAUCCCUCUCAAUUCCUUAUCACCAAAAUCAUCUUGCUGAUUCAUUUGCUUUCUGAAUCCUCUUGCUUUCCUCUUUGCUUUUUUUUCAUUUGUUGGGUUAAAAUCCAAAGAAGUUCCCAAAUUUAGAGCUCGAAACCGAUAAGGAUCUUUUCUGCGGUUGAUAUAGCUGGGUUCUCGAUGAUUAGGGAAAAAGGUGUAGCCCUUUGGUGGAUGUUAUCAGCCAGUAGUCGCAGAUGCAGCACCAUUAAGAUUCACAAGAGAUGUGGUUCCCUUUGUUUUCGCCCCUCGAUCCGAAGAAAAGGGUUCCUUUCGAGUGGGAAUCUUGAUGAUGCUGCAUCAGCAAAUACAUGGCUACUAUUGUCAGUUUCUUUGUUCAUUCUCUAGUAAAGAUAGUCUUGGAGAUCGAUCUUACAAGGACACAAAUCCAAGAAGGUAAAGUCUAUUUUCUCUUCUCUGACUCUUGAUCAUGCACAUGUUGUGAAAUAUCUUUUUAAAUAAAUGGUGUUUCUAUCUUGCUUAUAUUAUUGGCAAAACCAUUCACAUGUGGACCUUUCAAAGGAUCCCCACCCAUGCUUUAAAAACCCAAACAAGAUUAUAACAACUGUGUAUUUAAAACACUCAUAUGGUUCUAAUCUUGAAUGUGAAUGAUAGUGAGAACUUAGAAGUGAGAGGUCUCUUGUGGUUACGGUUGUGGGAACUCACAUGGUCACAUGUGAAAAUGGUCCGUAAGUGUGUUUUUUUAGUCAAUUAUUUGCCGUUGGUCCCAAGCUUUAUUGUGUAUUUAUAUAGUUUCUUGACCCGAUCAAGAAAAAAAUAAAACAUUGUUUCCACAUGGAUCAUAUGAAUCUCGAGGCACAUUUUACUUGUUGAAAAAUAUCUUGGUUAAGGCUUAAGGGAGAUAUUAGUGCAUACAGAAACUGUACAUAAGAAAGUUUUACAAAGAUUAUUUUUUCAAUAAAAUUAUAUUGGGAAUGUUCAAAAUAUACAUAAAUUGGUGGUCAAUCGUGCAAUGGAAUAUUAUUUGUGAAAGUAAAUUCAGAUUUCACUUGCUAUUUGUUUUACGACUUUUUCUUUGGCUAAUCGUACACUAAUGGUCCCAACUCGUGAUAAUGUUUUUAAUCCCGCGUUUGGAAGCUUUUUGAAUAAGUAAUUGAAGAUGACAGAGCUUGUAAGUAAUGACGUCGAUAACAUAUAGUUUAAUGAGCUUGUGUACUUAAUAUUAUUAUGUGAAGUUCUAGCCCGAUAAAUCAGAAUCUCUCCUAAGUUUGACCAAAAAAAAAAACCAGAGUCUCUCAAAGAUGAUAUGCCAUGUUACAUUUGAAAUUAAAAAAUCCGAAUUAUGUAUUUGAAUUGUGUUAGAUUUCCACAUAAUCAUAUUAGUUACGUACCCAUGCAUAUAUAAUUUGUCAGCAAUUUGGAACAGAACAUGUAAUAUCAUUGUUUUGGAUAUUAACGUUAUUGUAUCUCCACUCAAAUUUGAAUCUAGUAAUAUAAUUUUAUUGUAAAUUGUUGAAUGUAUUACGUUUAAAAACAUAAUUCAAAUUUGCGUUGUACCCUGAGAAAAGAAAUACAGUAUUGUGUACUACAUUAAUAUUUACAACUGUCUGUUUUCUAUAUUUUUAAUAAUAAUACUGAAUAAGAGCACUAUAAUAUAUAAUGUUCAAUUUUUCUCGAUUUAAGAAAAAUAUUAAUUCCUUGGACAAUCUCUAUAGGUACAUGUGUGUGUAGUAGUAGACAAAUGUAAAUAUAACAAAAUUGUAUAGUACUAUAAGUUUGACCUAUACUUCAUUCUAACUCACUAAUAUUCUCUUUGCUCCGUCUUCAAUUCAAACAUCAAACACACUCACACACAGAGAGAUACACAUAUGCUACAUUGAUGUACAUUUACAUACUGAGUAGUUUGAUCAGAAGAAACGACUGAGAAAAUCUACUCUUGAUUGAUGGAUGAUGAGACGUUGUGGAAAGUUUCCAAGAAAGAUUUCAUCUCCGAAACCACUCAUUUCUCUUCAAAACAUCAUGUUUUCACACGAAGCUUCUCAACAAAAGCUUCUUCUUCUUCUUCGUCUUCUUCUUCAAACCCCGUUGUAUUCACACGAAGUUUCUCAACUAAACCCACUUCGUAUUCUUCAUCAUUAGAGCCCACCUUUAGACGUAGUUUCUCUGCAAAACCUACUCCUUCGAAAUCUCCGUUUCUGUCUAGAAGCGGUUCAACGAAAUGUCAAGCUGAUGGUACAUCUUCCACGACUUCUGCUGCUUCCAAGUGUUCCAUCUCUCGGAGCUUGUCUCAGAAAGGAGCUUCAGUGACCCGAAAGUAUCGUAAUAUAGCUAAGGAGCACAAGUCUCGGUUUUACAUCAUGAAACGCUGCGUUUCAAUGCUCGUUUGUUGGCACAAACAUGCCUGAUGAGAUCAUCGUUAUGAAUGUGAAGAAACAAGACUAGGUUAUAUAAUUACAGAUUUUACUCUUUUUUUUUUUUUUUUUCGUUUCAUUUUCUUUACACAUCUUUUAAUUUUUUGAAAGCAGAAAUCUGUAUCGAUGGACGAUGGUACACUCUUUCCAUUUUAAUUAAAUGUAUUUUUUA